GCCAGCUUGGAAUGAAGGAGGAGAGAGAGAGAGAUAGUGAUAGUGAGCGAGUGUUUUCCGGGUCAGAAAGUGGAGUAAGAGGAAAUAAACUUACGAGGCGCAAAAACAAAACAAAGCACGACGUGAGCCGAGCCGAGGAGACAUGUAAACGGGGUCGGGAACAAAGUUUGUCAACAUUCCAGCCGAAACGGGCCAUAAAGGAUGGAAAGGGCGCCGAGUGGACUGUGUUUUUAUCCCAUGGUGGUGAUUAGUGAGUGCGGUGGUGAAUGAAGCCCGGCCCGGGACGCGCUCCAGCUCCUGCGUCUGAAAUUAGUCUGAAAAGCGCGAUAUUUAUCGUCAGGGCGUUUUUUUUUUAAAGCCUUGAAUAGUUAUACCGACACCGUAGUGUUGUGAGUAUCGUAUCGUAUCGCAUCGCAUCGCGCCUUGCUUGUGGACCGUCCGGGAUGUUUCAGUGUAUCCCUCUGUUCCGGUGUAACCGUCAUGUCGAGACCAUUGACCGGCGUCACUGCUCGCUCAUGUUCGUCCCGGAUGAGAUUUAUCGCUACAGCCGCAGCCUGGAGGAACUUUUACUGGACGCGAACCAACUCCGAGACUUACCCAAGCAAUUCUUCCAGCUGGUGAAGUUAAGAAAGCUGGGCUUGAGCGACAACGAGCUCCAGAGAAUUCCUCCCGAGAUAGCAAACUUCAUGCAGCUUGUCGAGCUCGACGUCUCGCGCAAUGAUAUUCUCGAGAUUCCCGAAAACAUUUCCUAUUGCAAAGCCCUUCAAGUAGCAGACUUUAGUGGCAACCCUUUGAUAAGAUUGCCGCAGAGCUUCGCCGAAUUGCGGAACUUAACAUGCCUUUCCAUCAAUGACAUUUCUUUACAAGCACUUCCUGAGAACAUUGGAAACCUUAGUAACUUGGUAUCACUGGAACUCCGAGAGAACAUGCUGACAUAUUUACCUGAAUCUCUUUCCCAGCUACACAGACUGGAAGAACUCGAUGUAGGGAACAAUGAGCUGUAUAACCUGCCCGAGACAAUAGGAUGCCUUGUGAGCUUGAAGGACCUGUGGCUGGAUGGAAACCAGCUAAUUGACUUACCAGCGGAGCUUGGAAGCAUGAAGAACCUGCUCUGUAUGGAUGUGUCUGAGAACAAGUUGGAGCACCUACCAGAGGAAUUGGCUUCCCUGCUCUCGCUCACGGACCUGCUGGUGUCCCAGAACUUCAUCGAUGCCCUGCCAGAGGGUAUAGGAAAAUUAAAACGCCUUUCCAUUCUGAAAGCGGAUCAGAACCGGCUGGUCCAGCUGCCCGAAAGCAUCGGCGACUGCGAAAGUCUUACAGAACUGGUGCUGACUGAGAACCAGCUGCUGAGCUUGCCAAGAAGUAUUGGAAAGCUUAAGAAACUCUCAAACUUCAACUGUGACAGGAACCGCCUGAUGUCUUUACCCAAAGAGAUAGGAGGCUGCAGAAGUCUGAACGUAUUGUGUGUGAGAGACAACCGUCUGACGCGCAUCCCCUCCGAACUUUCACAAGCGACAGAGCUGCACGUUUUUGAUGUGUCUGGAAACAGGUUGACUUAUCUGCCCAUGUCUCUUACUACACUGAAACUCAAGGCGCUCUGGUUGUCGGAGAAUCAGUCUCAGCCGUUGCUCACAUUCCAGACAGAUGUGGAUCCUGACACAGGGGAAAAAGUGCUCAUCUGUGUGCUUCUUCCUCAGCAGCUGAAUGAGAGUGAAAAAGGCUCUGAUAACCUGGCACGUUGUGGUGCUCUGGAGAGUCUCGUGAAUGACGUGGCUGAUGACACGUGGGACAACAGAGCCAUGAAUAGAAUGAGCACCAUCCGGUUCCUGGACGACGACGAUGACGACGAUGAUGAAAAGGGAACGCUGCUGCGACGGGCCACGCCGCACCCCGGAGAGCUGAGGACCAUGAAGAAGGUGGUGGAGAAUCUCCGCAACGAUCUGAACGCUGCCAAAGGCCUGGACUCCAACAAAAACGAGGUCAAUAACACUGUGGACCCAGUGACUACAUCUGUGUGACCACUUUUUACCUCCGAGAUGGCCCAGUUCCCAUCGUGUCUUCCCACAUGCACCUCAGCCAGCCUUCUCCCUGUACCUUUUUUAUUUUUUAAUUUCUCCCUUGAAUGUGACUCUCUUUUCUCUAUGUUGGGUCUGUCCUGUCUCUCCUGUAUCUCCUCAGAUCCUGAAUCAGGGAAAGACCUCCAUGAUAGUUGCCUUAUCUUUUUUAAUUUUUUUAUUAUUAUACAGAGCAAUAAUCCAUGCAAGAGUGCACAAUUUUUCUCUCUCACUGUUUAAUUUUAGCCAAGUCCUUUUUAAAGCUUUUUUUUUUAAACACACAAAUGAGUACAGUAGAUGCACUACAUUUAAGUCUUAUACUACAUUAAAUGCUGACAGAAGCUCCAAUUAUAUUGACUAUACAUAUUUACAUUUUUGGAUUUUUUUAAACACUGGGUGGAUGUUUCUUUUUUUUUUUUUUGUUCUUUCUCAAAGUCUUUGGGGACGCUUUUUUGAUCCCAGCCAUUUUUGGACCUUCUGGUUUUAAAACGUGUUGUAUAGAUCUUUGUGAAUAUCGAUGCUUUUUGUACUCGUGGCAGCUCAGAUGGUGUUAAGCCUGGAGGGGACAAAAAAAAAGAAAAGAAAGAUGUAUAGCAUAAUUCUUAAUCAUUUGAGGAUUUUUAUUCCUGCAAAAUAUUUGUGGUUUUACAAAGCAGUUGAACAACAUGUUUUAAUGUCUUAGACAGCAAAUAGGUUAGUUGGUGGUGUGUGGAUAGCUUUUUUUCCAUAUUUACUUUUCGUGUGUGUGUUCAUAAAUCAGCGAUUGAAAGCAACAUGUUUUUGUAUUCGAAUAUAAAUAAGGGCUAACAUGGCACUUCCACUUCUUUAACUGGAAUGAGGGUUGCAUCUGCAUCAGCACCACGUUUAGAUGUUACUAAUACUCCUUUCCACCAACAGGGAGCGGUUUCUGUUCUGGCUCGCGUACCAAAAUUUUGAACUGUUCACAGCAUUUCGACUGAAAAUAAAUUGGUUCGGAACCUGAAAAGUCGGUUCCCAGCUGGAACCAAGAUAUAGCUGGUUUUUCCAGCAUGAACCGUGACAUCAGUGGGUGUGUUAUGGAGAACGCAAUGGAAAAGGAUACAUGUUCAGGAAAAAAAAUUGAAUGAAAACAAAUAUCUGCAAUAACAGAACAAAAGCUCGCAGGUAAUCAAUGCGAGCUGCCAUCUUGCUCCGACUGUUUACUCCUGUUGUGAAUUGUGCAAUGCCCUCUGUUCACGACGUAUCCUUGAUUUAUAAUGAUUCUGCUUAAAACUGGUGGAAACGUGAGCUGGUUCGCUAGCUGGCACCAAGGUUCAAAGACUCCUGAAUGGAACCAGUUCAAGAACCCGUUCCCUUUGUGUAAAUUUGGUACAAUAAAACCUGUUAGUUAUCCUUGUUUUUUUUUUUUUUUUAAAUAAUUUGGUUUGGUGGGCGGUUUCCUUUUAAAUGCAGUUUCAUGAAAACAAACAAAAAAAAAACCCACAAUGCACUUUUGCAACACUCUGAAAUCAUACUGCCAUUGCUUAUAUCCAUUUUAUGGUACACUACAGACGCAAUUUUUGCAUUAUAUUUUCUUAGUGUUGAAAUGCUGGUUUUUUUUAAUGCUUUAAUUAUUAUAUUUUAUGUCGGUGAUAAAGCUGCACAAAAAAUGAUCUCAAAUCAACUCUAGGCCUUUGACUUCUAACCACUGAUACAAUAAAGUGAUUUUAUCAAAUCAGA